AUGUAAAUAGAGUAAGACGAGAACACUCAUUACAAUAAUUUUCUCUAAAACUUUACCCAAAAAGUGAAAUUGGGAGAAGGAACCUAUGGAAUCGUUACAAGAGCAUAUGAUAAGAGAAGAGAAAAAUGGGUUGCUUUAAAGAAAGUGAAGUUAGAUAGUCGUCAUGAUGAAGGUGUUCCAAGUACUACUAUCAGAGAAAUAGCAAUACUAUUAAAGUUGAAACAUCCAAAUGUUAUAAGUUUGUUUGAGGUUAAGUACUUUAUUGAAGAAAAGUAGAUAUAUCUAGUAUUUGACUCAAUGUAGUGUGAUCUAAGAAAUUAUUUGGAUAGAAAUAAUUCUUUAACUUUAAAUCAGUUAAAACCUAUCGUUUACUAAAUACUUCUAGGCUUAUCGUAUUGUCACAGUAGGAGAGUUCUACAUAGAGAUCUCAAGCCACAGAACAUUUUAAUGAAUGAAAAAAAUUCAAUUAAAUUAGCAGAUUUUGGACUCUCCAGAGUAUUCCCAUUUCCAAUGCCUAAAUUCACAAAGGAAAUAGCUACUCUUUGGUAUCGAGCUCCUGAACUCAUGCUUGGAGAUGACAAUUAUGGAACUGCUGUUGAUAUUUGGGCAGUUGGUUGCAUUAUGGCUGAAUGCUUAACUGGUACACCACUAUUUCAAGGUGAUAGUUAAGUUGAUAUGUUGUUUAAAAUAAUGAAGUUACUUGGAACUCCAACUGAUGAGACUUAUUUCGGUUUGUCAAAGCUUCCCGAUUUUACACUCUCUUUUCCAAAAUUUAGAGGUGAACCAUUAACAUAAAAAAUUCCACAAUUAGAACAAAAUCACCAAGCCCUCAUGGUUUUAUAAUCUAUGCUAUAAUUUAAUCCAAGUAACCGGCCAUAAGCAAAAGAAUUAUUAAUGAAUUAAUGGUUUGAUGAUAUUAGAAACAAUAAUUUUUGAAUUUGUAAUACCAUCAUUUUAUCAAUAUUUUCUCUUACAAAAAUCAA